AAAAAUACAGAAAGAGAAUUGAGGAAAAUAAUAUUAGCCCGGGGUGUAAAGCCAGCAGCACUGCGUCCUAUUCCUGCUUCUUCCUCUGGCACACAGCCUCUGACCUGGGCGCCUCAUAUCUGGGAGGGGAGGAGGGGGAGGAGGUCUCACUCGGAUAGAAUUUCGCUGCGACCUGUCGGACCUGCGCUGUGUUAUGAGCGGCUUCCUUGGUUUUCCGAGCAGACAGCGGGGAUAACUGUACUGUAUCUCAGCCUAGCGGAUGGGAGUGAAAGUCCGCCAUAUUCACCACGCCCGGAGAGUAGAGCCGCUGGAAAACAAACCGACAGCCUCGCUCAUGUGUUUUUUCCCCCCUUUUUUCUCGGCUAAACGGUCAGUGACUUGGAGCAACAAAGGAAGUAUUUCAGCGAUUUAAAAAUUAAACCAGAAACCAUCGCUGAGGACUUUGAGAGAGAAUCUACCGGAGCAGGGCAGCUCAGAGCGGAGGAUGUUUUAAAAGGAUCUGUUGAUCAUCCGGAGAAGGAAUUAUAACAGUUAUCAGAGCAAACCUAUUCCACUGAAGCCGCUUUAUACUCCGUUUGAAGCUUUCAAGAGGCUCGGAAACACAUGAAAGAGGCUGACAGCGGGUAGGGGACUCCGGUUAUUCCUCUCAGAUAUCUUAUUUUCCGUGCGACUCCCUACAGACACGGUUUAUCACAACAUCCCGGCCUGUGUGAAGCUUAUGGGGUUCCCUCCCCGACAAAUGUGAAAUUUGGAUGACUGGAGGAGGGGGAAGGGGGGAGGGAACAAGUGGAGUAGGACCGAGAAUGACCCUGGAAUCUCUAAUGGCGUGCUGCCUCAGCGAGGAGGCGAAGGAAGCCAGGCGGAUCAACGACGAGAUCGAAAGGCAGCUCCGCCGGGAUAAGAGGGACGCGCGGCGGGAGCUCAAACUGUUGCUUCUCGGAACUGGUGAGAGUGGUAAGAGCACCUUCAUCAAACAGAUGAGGAUCAUCCACGGGACUGGUUACUCCGAUGAAGACAAACGGGGUUUCACCAAACUCGUCUACCAGAACAUCUUCACAUCCAUGCAGGCCAUGAUCCGGGCCGCCGAGACGCUGAACAUCCCCUACAAAUACGAGCACAACAAGGCCAAUGCCAACAUUGUUAGAGAAGUGGACGUGGAGAAGGUCUUCAAGUUUGAGAAUCCUUACGUUGAUGCCAUCAAGAACUUGUGGAAUGACCCCGGCAUCCAGGAGUGUUAUGAUCGAAGGAGGGAGUACCAGCUCUCAGAUUCUACUAAAUAUUACCUAAACGCACUUGACCGGAUCGCUGAACCUUCCUAUCUUCCCACCCAGCAGGAUGUGUUGAGGGUUCGGGUUCCCACCACCGGCAUCAUUGAAUAUCCAUUCGAUCUGCAGAGCGUCAUAUUCAGGAUGGUGGACGUUGGGGGUCAGAGGUCAGAGAGGAGAAAGUGGAUUCACUGCUUUGAGAACGUCACAUCGAUCAUGUUCCUGGUGGCGCUCAGCGAGUACGACCAGGUGCUGGUGGAGUCAGACAAUGAGAACCGAAUGGAGGAGAGUAAAGCUUUGUUCAGAACAAUAAUCACAUACCCCUGGUUCCAAAACUCCUCUGUUAUUCUGUUCCUGAACAAGAAAGACCUGCUGGAGGAAAAGAUCAUGUACUCCCAUCUGGUCGACUACUUCCCAGAGUACGACGGUCCUCAGAGGGAUGCCCAAGCAGCUCGAGAGUUUAUUCUCAAGAUGUUUGUGGACCUGAAUCCAGACAAUGACAAGAUCAUCUACUCUCACUUCACCUGCGCCACCGACACGGAGAACAUCCGCUUCGUCUUUGCAGCCGUCAAAGACACGAUCCUGCAGCUCAACCUGAAGGAGUACAACCUGGUGUAGAGCGCGGCCCCUCCCUGACACAAUGACUGACUCGAUCCGUGAACAGAAGGCCUUCAUACAUAUACACACUUAUGAAUUAUCUAAGGAAAACAGAAGCUGAUGGUUGCAUAUGACUAAUUUAUUGGCCCUCUGACGUCUUGGUGUGCUUUGGGGGGAGGCGGGACUCUUAAAAGGUCAUCUUGCUAUUCAGGAGUUGGGGGGGAAAUACGUGAAGCUCCCGUCACACCUGCCUUUUUAUAAACCAGAAGAAAAAAAAGUUUCCUUUCUUUGUUUUUCUUUGUAACCUUCAUUGUGUACCCAUAAUUCAUUCUGACGGUUCAUCAUGAACCUUUAGUCUAACAGGAAGUGAUGUAACAGCUUUUUAAUGAACAGCAUCCUUUUUUUCUUUCAUGCACGUCUCUUCUAUUGUAGGCCUAAACUGUGAUUUUUAAAUUAUUUGAGAAUGAUUUGAUACCGAUACACUUUGAUCAUUAUUAGUGUUAUGAUAUUCCAUUGCUUUGGUACCAUUUCAUAAGUAGAGCACAUUUGAAUGUGGAGGUGUAUUUACAGCAUUCUGACACAAACAUGAGGGUCAGCACAAACGGAGGAAAUCGGCCGUAUGCUGAGUGACCGGCUGCAGAGUUUCCUUCCAGCAGACUGACAGGAGGACAGAGGGUCUUGUGAUUUUAGAAACAUUAAUGUUAAACUGUGCCACAUCCUAGCAUUUUCUCUUCUUCUUUAAAUAGUUUAAAAUCAAAUGUAUUACCAACGCCAAAACGACUCGAUCAGCGGACCGCUCUAUA